AUGGCUGGGGGAGGUGAAGUAGCAGCUGAGCCGAUGGAAGCAGAUAGCGACAAUGUUGCCUCCAAACGCCAGCGUGCCCGUUAUGGCCACAAUCGCGUUCCUUCAGACGGCGUCUAUGGCCAUCCCGAAGAGCUUGACCAGUCCUCAGAAACACGAGAACGUCGACACGCGGCGAUAAGCAUUUUAGGCGACACUGAGCUCUUGACCUUUCAUGCUCUAGCAAGUAAUGAGUCAAUUCCUCAAGCUCGUCAGCGGUUUCUUCACCAUCUGAUUGGCAUCCCACCGCCCACUGCUCGGCCCUUUGCUAUUCAAGAUGUGUCUCGACACCGCCUCGAUGAUAUGCAGCACAUCUACCCCCGUCGACCACCCCAAUUGCAUCCUAAGGAUGCCGGUGCUCAGAAAAAUAGUGGUAAUAAGUCCGGCUAUACGACUUAUGAGGAAGCACCCACUGUGGUUGAUAUUAUCGAGGUUAAUGGCGGCUGGGAAGGAAAUCUUGACAGUCAAAAUAAGACAAAAAGUGUUUCCGCUAGCGGAAGCAGCAGAAGUGGUGGAGGACCAAGCUCAAGCCAUACUAGAAUCAAGGGUAAAGGAAGAUAG